AUGGCUGGUCUUCUUCCCGUCGACAUGCACCUCCAUCUGGAGGAUGCGGAGUUGCGUGAAGUGAGCCCACCACCCACAGGCAGCCCAUGCCCAGAUGCCCUGGACCCUUUUGACCCUAUGGACACUGCGCCUGAUUGCCCUCAAUUUGAGUCUGACAUCAAACAGACGUCUAGCAGCGCCCCGCUUUACGACGGCCAAGAAGAAACCUUUGAGAGAAGCGCGCAAUACCAGCUGAGAUCGGUGAAGCUCGCCGGCAAGCCUAUUGCUCUUCGCGUCGGUGGUCCUGGUCAGGAGAAACAGUACUUGAACUCGAAGGUUCCUUUCAGAACUCCUUGGAUCAGACCAGUGCACCAUUUCUCCCCAAUAUCGAAUACCGCCAACUUCCUCCUCUCCCCGUCCGCUCGCCCCGCGCACGAGAUCUUGACCACUCAGCCAAGAAGAAGUCCUUUUGUCAAGCCGGACUUCCUGUGCAACAACCUAGGCACGGCCAAUUUCCGGUCAGCUGGAUUGAACCGGUCUUCUCAUUCGUGGGCUUUCGCCAGUAACCCCCUACUGGCUUGCCAUCAACACACCAAUCUCUCAGACGCAGCUGUCCCCCCUUCGAUCCCCUGCAAGAGGUCUUUCGGAGAACAACAAGAAGUUCGGGCUCAGCGUACGGAAUCUGGCCCGAAAUAUCGUCGUCUGCGGUUCGGCCCACUUAUAGGUGGUGCUAAACCAUACGUGAACCCUCAGCCUGAGAAAGUUCCCACCGGCCCGAGUACCGUUGACCCGGCUCCUUUGAAAAUAUUUCCAGCUCAGCCGAAUGUCACGACGGCUUUUGCUGAUAUUGAGAACCGACCUCCCUCCUGCCACCACGUUCCAACGGGCAACCCGGGAACCGGCUCGACUGGAGUGACUGAUGUGACUGAUGACCUUAUCACUGCGGCUCAAAUCCCUGGGGCAUGGCCUGAUAUGGCAGCGCCUGUCCCUAUAGAAGGAUGGGCUGCAUACUGGUCGCGUUGGCAUAGUGCCAUCCAAACAGUUAUGCAUGUACCCGUUGGGCUGUCCCAAAAUGUCUCCUCUGCAGUCAGACGCGCUGCUGCUGCUGCUGGCACAGCCAAGCGACAUGUGCUUGAAGUCUGGGGGACGCGGUACAUUUCCCGCGCAUAUGGAUACUUUCGAACCCAAUUGUACACUGGCACGUACAUCUCCCGCGCAUAUGGAUACUUUCGAACCCAAUUGUACACUGGCACGUACAUCUCCCGCGCAUAUGGAUACUUUCGAACCCAAUUGUACACUGGCACGUACAUCUCCCGCGCAUAUGGAUACUUUCGAACCCAAUUGUACACUGGCACGUACAUCUCCCGCGCAUAUGGAUACUUUCGAACCCAAUUGUACACCGGCACGUACAUCUCCCGCGCAUAUGGAUACUUUCGAACCCAAUUGUACACUGGCACGUACAUCUCCCGCGCAUAUGGAUACGGAACAUGA